AUGAUAAAGUAUAUAAUAUCAAACAAUAUAAAUAAUAUAUUAAUACGUUUGUUGCCACAAUUGUCAGAGCUUACAUAUAUUAAUUCUACUUCGCCGGAGGUACUCCUAAAGAUUGAAGGGUUAGAUCAUAGUUUGAUCAACUACGAAUUUCUGAAUAAUCUACAGCAAAUGGUAGGUGUCAUCAACCGAGACACUAUAGUUAUUGAAAAUCUUCUGAAAUACAAUUUGGAUGAGUUUUCGUUGGUGCAAUUGUUUAAGAAGUUGGGUGACAUAAAGCAGUGUUAUAUUGUUGACAAUAGGAAAAUUGGGUUCAUUGAAUUAUUGUGUGAUGAGGUUGUCACUGUUUGA